GAUUGAAAACGACAGUGCGCGUGCAGAUUUUGUGUAGCCCAAUAGUUAAUGGUAAGUACGAUUAAACGAUGAAACAGAUGCAGAGGUUCACAUAUAUAUUACUAGGUAGCAAUACAUUAUUUGUAGGUUUUUUCUGAAUGUUAUCAUAGGUUCAUAUCCUCAGUAGCUCGCGAACGUAGCUAGCUAAUGUUAGGUAUCUAAUGUACGUAGCAAAUAACAAAGGUUUUUUCUAGCUUGCUAGCGUUUACAAACGUUUUGGUACUAAAUUAAUGUAGCCAGUUUCGUGCGUCAUAACGCAGACUACUGUACAAGUAACUUCUUGUUACCUGAAUUAACUUAGUGAAUACAAUUUCAUAGCCUAAAGAUUUAGCUAUGUAACCAACGGUUUCUUUUUUUCAAGUGAAUUGUUGCUGUGUUUUCCCGUUCCAACUUGUUUGAGACUUGAGGCAGGGAGGUCUACCUACUGUCUGUAUCUAAAUUAUAGUGUGCGUCAGCAUACAGCAUGUUGUUUGUGUCCAAAAGUCCAUGUGCUAAGAUUGAAAUUGAACCUUCGUCUAGCUCCUAGAUUAAGGGUUUUUUGAACUCCGUUAACAUGUCAUAAUUAAACUCUGAAGGGUGAGGCUUUCGAAAGGAGCAGUAGGAACACGAGGGGGACUUUGAGAAGGAGUUGAAGAAGGAAUAGGGUGAUGCUUUACUCUCUGUCCCAGAAGCUGCAGCCGCUUUUUACAGAAAUUUUCAGGUGCUGUUUUAUUAAUGGAAAUGAUUUCUUUCCAUUAUAGUCUAGUCAUCAGCAAACUUACAUAUUUCUUUAUCACUCUGCUGUGCCGUUUCUGUAAAUUAGUGUUUGGAUUUUAUUAUGUAAUUUGUGUAUGCAUUCAUUUUAUUUACAUUGUAAUUCCUACUAUUGCUGAAAUUGACAUUUUAACCGUCAUUAUAUCCAUGUUGUCUGAUAAUGAUAAUGGUUCUUGAAUGCAGUCUCUUUCAGAAAUGCAGUCACAAGUUAAACAUAAUCUCCACCCAGAAAGUGAGACGGUGAUCAACAAACUUAUCAACAUCAAGCUGACAGCAUCUUACACCUAUCUGUCCCUGGGUAUGUUUUUUGACAGGGAUGAUGUGGCUCUCCCCAGCUUCUCAAGUUAUUUCCUCAAACGUUCUGGGAAGGAGAGGAAGCAGGCAGAAAGCCUGUUGGAAUACCAGAACAUGAGAGGUGGUCAAAUUUUGCUGCAAACUAUUGCAAAACCCUGCAGGGAGGACUGGAAGGGAGGAUUGGAUGCAAUGACUUUCUCUCUGGAGUACCAGAAAUCUCUAAACCAGUCUCUGCUCGAGUUGCACCUCAUGGCCAACAGCCACACCGACCCUCAUCUGUGUGACUUCCUGGAGCAGCAUUUCCUCUCUGACAGCCAUGAUGUUAUCAAGCAACUUGGCGAUUAUGUGGGCAGUUUGACCCGCCUGACUUCUUCUGACACCCAGGGGUCCAUGGGGGAGUACCUGUUCGACAAGCAUACUCUGUGACUUGAAAGCAGGAUACUAUUUGCCACAACCUACAUUUCCCUCCAAGAUGGAGAAAAAUAAGAAUUAGUUGAUGAUUGGAAUCCACUUCUAACAACUUCAUACCUCAAUAUUACAUACCUCAACCAAUACCUGUUAUGUAGACAGGAAGUUAACAUGGAUUUAACUGACACAAUUUCUCAUAACAUGUUUACAGUAUUGUGUGAAUGUGUGUGCAUAUGCAUGCUUGGACAUGAUGUUUAUGUAUACUGGUGCAUUUAGGUCCCCAUGGUGCUGUAUUUACCUGGUUACACAACUCCACUGGGUCUACAUUCUUCAGAAAGACCAACUCACUUUUUAAGCUUCUUUUGUAACCUUGUGGUUUACCUACUGCAUAUUACUUCGACUAUUACAUGGAAUGAUUUGGAUUUCGACCAAAAGUUGACUAAUUUGAUUAAAAUAUGAUUCCAAGAA